GAAUUGGCCAUAGAGCCAGCAGCUAGCAGUCAAUAGCAGUCUUCUUGAUAGCUAAAAGGGAACGGGUCUGUUUAAUUUUAAUUAGCACACAUUGCAGGCUAGACCCCAGCUACAGUCCUUCAUCUAUACUAAAGGUUUAUUUUAUUUCUGUUGUUUUCGUUAAGCCUUAAAAAGAAGCCACCAAAGAGCGAGGAUGUUGGUCCCCGCGGGAAGAUAAUGAAGAGGCUGCGUGUUCUGUUGGUGUGCCUCAUUGUAGCUCUCCUGUGCUGGUACCCCAUUCAUCAUGCCUAUUGUUCAGAGCACAGCUUGUCUGCCCUUGGUCAGCUUGCUGGAGACAGGAACAACAACCCCGAUGACCAUAAGCGGGAGCAGGACUCCACAAAACCCCAGGAGGUGGAAGAAUGGACGACACACACCUCCCACACUGUAGGACUAGAGGACGAGAGAGCAGCGUACGAUAUACAUCAAGAACAGACUGUGACUCCACAUGGAGCAGAGGAAGAGGAAAAAGAAACAGACGCACACUCAGACUCUGAUAUUGCUCCAGUUGCUCCUGAGCCAGAACCCUCAUCAGACCCCGUUGUUGAUUCAGACUUGCAGUCAGACACCCAAGUCCAGCACCAUGACCAGGACCAGGAAGCUCCAGUUUCCUCCACCGUAGAGCCAGUUUUAGCAUCCCCAGAUGCCCCUCCUACCCCCAAGCUCCUUGACACUGACACGGCCGCAUCCCCGCAUGAAGCCGACAACACACCUACCUCACAGAGUGCUGGUCCGACUCCCACAGAUGCAGUGUGGGUUGCCAGUGCAGGAGAUGAGCCCCCAGCAGACAGCUUUGUCUUUGCUGAGCACUCUGACUCGCAGUGCAGGGUCAUUCCCGCCAAACUGGCAACCUGUGAAAACCCCCUUUUUGGCAGCCCCCUCCUCAGAGAGAACAAGGCUGACCCAGAGGACCAACGAUCAGACCAGAGCCGUGGUUCCAGUCCUGAAACAGGGACACAGUCUGCUCCAAGCCGUGUGGAGCAGGAAGAGGAACUGGAGGAGGAGGAGGAACAGACUGACAUGGAACAGGAUAACACUCUACAGGCCUCCCAGCACCAAGAUCAGCAGGGGGGGCAAGCUGCUACUGACAGAGAUUUUGAUCCCUCUGUCCCUGGCAAAGAUGACCUCCCGCCAUUUAGCGAGUGGAUGGAGCAGAAAAAUCUCCACACCGCCACUAGCGGCAGCAUCCAGCCAGUGAAGAAGAUCCAGAAAAACUUCAAGAAUAAUUACGCUUCGGUGGAGUGCGGUGCUAAGAUACUGUCUGCAAACACAGAGGCCAAGAGCAGUUCCGCUAUUCUCAUGGAGAAUAUGGACCUUUACAUGCUGAAUCCCUGCAGCAACAAAAUCUGGUUUGUGAUCGAGCUCUGUGAGUCCAUACAAGUUAAGCAGCUGGACAUUGCAAACUUUGAACUCUUCUCGUCCACUCCUAAAGAUUUUCUGGUUUUCCUCAGUGACAGGUAUCCCACCAACAAGUGGGUGAAGCUGGGGACUUUCCACGGCCGUGACGAGCGCACUGUUCAGAGCUUUCCACUGGAUGAGCAGCUCUAUGCUAAAUAUGUGAAGAUGUUCAUCAAGUACAUAAAGGUUGAGCUGCUUUCCCAUUUUGGGUCCGAGCACUUUUGUCCCCUCAGUCUUUUCAGGGUGUUUGGAACCAGUAUGGUGGAGGAAUAUGAGCAAAUUGAUUCCCAGUACCUCUCUGAAAGGCAGGAGUAUUUGGAUGAAGACUAUGACUAUCCACCCGGAUACCAGCCAUUAGAAGACAAGGCCUCUAAGAACCUGCUUGGCUCUGCGACAAAUGCCAUCCUCAACAUGGUCAACAACAUUGCUGCUAAUGUGCUGGGUGGUAAACCUGAGCUGCAGGAAGGGGGAGCAGAUGCAGAAGGUAAUGUGACAGCAGAGGUUACACCAGUGCCAGCUGAAAUCGCUCAAGACUCUUCUGUUCAUAAACCAGUAGAGACAGAACACUCCACCACCAACGAUGACACAAAUUCCUCCAGGAGUUCUUCAGCGUCCUCCUCUCUUGAAUCUCAAUCAGACAGACAGAUUGUCACUCUUGUUGAAGAGGAGGAAGAUGAAGAGCCCAGACAGUCGACUGUCACCCUGAUGGAGGAGGAGGGUGAGGAGGAAGAGGAGAAGCAAGAGGAGGAGACAUCAGGCAGGAACCAGUGGGAGAGCCACUUAUACUGUCCUUUUUUGUCCCUGUCUUCGCUGUCUUUGUCCUGUAUGGCAACUCUGCCUGAGCUGCUCCGCCGCUGGUGCUCUGCUGCGCUGGCUGAGGAACGAUUUCGAAGACUUUAUGCACAGACACACCCCCAUGUAAAAGACCCCAACCCCACAGACUUGCCCCCACAGGUACCAGAGCCUGCUUCCACAACCUCACAGGAGGACCUUCCCUUCACUGAAACGGCUCCAGAGGUGGUGGUGCCUCUGCCGAGCCAAAGUGAAGUCACCUCCACGCUGCACGGUGACGCCCACACCCCUCAAACGCACACUUCACAGCUCGACCUCCUCCUGGAGCCGAGCAGAACCUCCACCCUUCAUCCUCCCAGCCUCUCUGACCUCCACAGUUCCCUGAUGCGGCCCACCCCCACCCAGGAGUCUGUGCUGCCGCCUCCCAUCAAAGACGCAGCCCUGAGUCCUGUCCCCACUCCCCCACUCCAGGCCGCCACUGUCCCAGAGACCUUAGUUACAAACACAUCCCAACAACUUCUAACCCAGAAGACGGCUUCUUCAGAUGCUGUGCUGCCCACUGCUAAGGAGCAACCUGUGCAAGCUCUUCCUACAGCCUCAAAGCCUGAAGACCGUGUCCACCCUCCCACAGAGCAACCGACAGCUGCCACACUGACAGACACUGAUGUAGUUAAGUUGGGGGCGGAGACCGGGGACCCACAUAAAACUGAUUCUCAGGAGGAGCAGGGAGAACCCCUCACUCGCAGUGGAGACCCGCAGGACACGGUGGACGAGUACCUGCUAAGCACCACUGGGACUGUGCAGCGCGCCGCCACAGAUUUUUACGCAGAGUUGCACAACGGCGGUGAUUACAACAGCCUGGCCGGGAACGGGAACGUAGCAACGGUACACGGGUCUAGCCAGAAGGAGAGCGUCUUCAUGAGGCUCAACAACAGGAUCAAAGCACUGGAGAUGAACAUGAGUCUGUCCAGCAGAUAUCUGGAGGAGCUCAGCCAGAGAUACCGCAAACAGAUGGAGGAGAUGCAGAGGGCAUUCAAUAAGACCAUCAUUAAGCUGCAGAACACAUCCCGCAUUGCAGAGGAGCAGGACCAGAAGCAGCAGGAUUCCAUCCAGGUUCUGCAGAGUCAACUGGAGAACGUCUCCAAACUGAUGCUCAAUCUCACUGUUACAGUCAGCCAGCUUCAGAAAGAGGUUUCUGACGGCCAGAGCUACCUUGUGGUCUCUCUGCUUCUGUGUGUGUCUCUGGGCCUCCUCAUGUGCCUGCAGUGCUGCCGAAGCUCUUGUGCCGCCCCAAAAGCAGACAUGGCUACUCUUCCCAAGAGCAACCACUACCCCAGCCCCAAGAGAUGCUUCUCCUCCUAUGAUGACAUGAGCCUCAAGCGUAGGGUGACCUGUCCUCUUGUUCGCUCCACGUCGUUCCACCUGUCCUCUACAGAAGUAGGUCCAGAUGACUUAUACAUUGUAGAACCUCUAAAGUUUUCUCCUGAGAAAAAGAAGAAACGCUGCAAAGCAAAAUCUUUGGACAAAGUGGAAACUCUGAAGGCAUCCGACCCUACAGCACCCCCGACCAACAGUGAAAUCAAAUGCAACGGCUUCCACUCAUACCUUCCACUCCCUAACCUUCCACCUUCCCCACCACCACCACCACCACCACUGCCGCCUCCUCCUCCUCCUCCUCCUCCUGCUCUGAUUGAGACGCAGUCAUUGCCCCCUUGUCCCUCCAAGGAGCUCCCCACAGAGCCCAAUAGCUGCAGCUCCUCCACCCACUCCGAAGAGUCCUUCCCCAGCUGCCUCCCACCUCCCUCGCCCGUCUUCUCCUUGGCCGGCCUGUGCAAUGGCCACGAGCUUCCCUUUGCGCCGCCGCCCUCCAAGUCCCGCCAGGAGAAGCGUUCGACCAAGCGGCGGAAGUCGAGACAGGCAGAGCUGACCUUCCCACCCAUGCAGGAGGAGCGCAUAGCGUCACUGCCCAGCCUGCACCAGCUGAUGAAGGGAAGCAAGCAGAUUAGUGUGGGGACCAUCAGGGUGACCGCUGUCAGUGGACACGUCUGAACACUCGCUUGCAUCUACUACGUAAAAACACUAAGGACUUUACUUUAACAUGGUAGCAGGCUGCGUUUGCAUACACAAAGUUCAUCCCAAAGAACCACAUUACUCAUGAGCACCCAGGACACCGUGUCCUGUUGGCAUCCACUCCCUUUCAAAGACCUUUUAAUGCUUAUGUGCCUUUAUGACCGUUCGACUUUUUUAAUGUUUGUGUGGUCAAGGUGUGUUUUUUGCUGUACAUGAGCACACAAUGUAAUUCCUCCUACAAGAACAUCCACAAAAGUAUUCACACAUGUGGGAGGAACGUUACAAUUGGUCUUUUUUUUUUCUUUUUUUCUUCUCAUUCUUCCUCACUUCCAUCACUUUCAUGACUUCUGGGACCAGUUCUUGUUUCUCCCAUCUCUGUCAGUCUACUCCUGACCAGCUGAAUGAAGAAGAAACAAACCUUUUAAAGAGCUAAAACUGCUAAUGUUUCAUUUUAAACCUUUUAAUUAACUACUACAGCAGCAGCAGCGUUUAAGAUUCUCUUUACCGAGGCACCGCACGCACGCACGCACGCACGUAUAUGCAAGAUCCGUUUUAUUUAUCUAUUUAUUUCUGGUGAACUUUUUUCUUUCUAAGUCAGGCACUGGCUGGCCAGUCUCCACAUCCUGCAGCGUCUCUGUAGUAAAACACUCACUGGUACUGACGCACAGAAUAUAGCGGAUGGUAUAUAGUAUGGUAGCGAUCGCAUGACCCCAACAAGAUGGAUCAUUAGAAUCUUCAUGCUGCUGCUGCUUUCUGAUUGCUAGAAAAGGAGCUCAAGGUAGUGCUUCUCUCAUUACCUCAGCUUCUUUUUCAGUGCCUGUUGCAUUGUCAGCAACAGUGUCCAUUUGCAUAGUUUUUUUGUAUUUUGUUUUUAAACAUAUAUUUUCUGAUAGGCUGGGUGUGUUUAUUCUGACAGAGACUUGGAAUCCUACCUGCCCUCCCUUGCUACUCCAUGACAGUGUCUACUUUAUCUUCUUCACAUCCACCAGGGUCCUCUGUGACCAACUUUGCACGAUUUUUCCCAGCUGUGAAGAAGGAUUUUUAGCAUGUUGUGUCUAGUCUCCCAGUCUCCCAUCUUUUUGUGUGUUCCCUCACAUGUGUUUUGGUCACUGUUGGAAAAGGGAACACUAGAAGUGUUGAUUGUGUAUGUUUUUCACUGCAUAUGACAUGUUUGUAUGUGUUCAUAUUAUGAAAUUAUGUUUCAUUUCUACCCACAUAACAUAUGUCCAUUCUGUGUUAACUCUAAUCCAGUGAACAGAAAGGUCACUCUCACCCUGAAGAGAUUCUUCAAGCUCUUUUUAAAUGACUCUUCAUGCCUUUUUGUUGGUUUGUUUUUCUACCCUUUUGAACAUAAAGUGCUAUAUUUUCUUUCUCUCUCCCUUUUUGAUUCUGUGAUUCUCUGAAAAGCUGCACAGUAUUUUUUUUGUUGUUUUUAGCAGGAGUGCGUUACUACAACAAUGUAGUGCCAUCUAGAAACUGUGAAUUUAUAAAUAAAACUUUCGUUUUCUUUCA